CACGUCAAACAUGGGGAUUCGCGUCUGUUCUGCCUUUCUCGUUCUCUUAUGCUGCGCCUCUGUCCAGAGCUCGGCGGGGAGUGGAAGCGAGGAUGCUGGGUCGGGGUCGUUUCCUGUCGGUGUGCCUGGUAGUGCCUGCACUCGCGUCGGUCGCUUCCAUCAGGUAUCGCAUGAUUAUCCAGUGCUGAAGGAGAAUUGCUGUUGCAGAGAAGCGCCAGAAACCUCCGUGUGGAAGGAGAGUCCAGCUCCAGCCGGGCCAGUGUCAGCCUCUCGUCAGCAUGAACUAUCCGGACAACUACCCGUCUUGGCACAGCUGCAACUGGAUGUUCACCGUGAGUUCCCUUCCUUCGGUUUCAUCGAAUGCCACUGUGACUGCUGUAAGGUUCCCCGACAGUGCUCCUCCGACCUGAUGCUCCAAUGCGCCGACUUUCAACUGCCCGAUACCCCGCUGUGCUGGCAGUCGGCCUUCCUCUACGGUGACAAAAGGGCGUGUGGAACAUCAAAUCCCUUCAAAAACCCGGUGAACAUGGGGAAGAGUUUCACGGCGAUCCUCUAUGCUUCUCUUGCGAGUGGACCUGGAUUCGAUUGUACCGUCACAUGCGCUCAAGGCUCAACCCCUUCUUGCAAGUGCGGAAUCCCCACGAGCCCCCCGCCGGGCGGCAAGAGAUCCGUCGAUCUCCGGAAAAACGCGACCGAUCCCAACCUGGAUCGGAUCUGGGGGGGACUCCCCGUUCCCUACGAGGGGAAGUAUCCCUGGAUGGCGCACUUCCAGGAUAAAGGAGAAUUCUGUGGGGGUUCACUCAUCAAUGAUCGAUACGUCCUCACUGCUGCUCAAUGCGUCGAUCAGAGCCCAUCGGACACUUUCUACGUGACCCUUGGGGAUUUGGACUGGUCGUCCCAAAGCGAAAGUCAAUCCCUUCGGCUGCCGGCACGGGCCAUCAUCCACCCUCAGUACGACUCGGUUUCCAAAGUGAAUGACGUCGCUCUGCUGAAGCUCAACUCUUCGGUGGACUUCCAGGCUUUCCCUCGCAUCCGUCCCAUCUGCAUAUCCGCCAAUGCCUUGCCCAUUCCGGGACAAACGGGCAGGAUCGCGGGAUGGGGAUACGAUGGCGGACCGGGGAUCAGCACGGUGAUGAAAGAGUCGACGGCGACCAUCAUGACGGAGGCGAAUUGCAAGAACUAUCAGGGCACCCUCGUCAACGGCAACAACUUCUGUGCUAAUGCAGCAGGAAGGAACUUCUGUAACGGCGACGUCGGCGGACCGUUCAUGUUCGAAACCGAGGCUGGCUACUACCAACAACUCGGGAUCAUUUCCUCGCCCACCAAGGAUUGCUAUAGCGGCUUUGGAGGAGUCUACAUUAAGACGGCGAGUGAGUGGAUGCAAAACCGGGUAGAAACGGAAGUGGGUGUGCAUCUGCUGUCUGAUGUGUAUCUACAGCAGAGGGGGAGAGGCAAGGUCGAGACGUCUGGCUUCAAGCGACUGGAGGGGUAUAAAAGGAAGUUGGGCUUUCCCAUUUUUGUUCAGUCCUCCAUUCGCAUACGUCGAUGGUCCUCUGCCUCUUCUAGUCAGCGAGCUCCAGCAUGUGAGCAUCUUCAUUUCCUCGCUCUCGCCACUCCUCACUCGCUGACAUUGAAGAUCGUUCUCAGUGACCCUGCCUGGCGGCAGAGGGGGAGAGGCAAGGUCGAGUCGUCUGGCUCCAGGCGACUGGAGGGGUAUAAAAGGAAGUUGGGCUUUCCCAUUUUUGUUCAGUCCUUCAUUCGCAGCCGUCGAUGGUCCUCUGCCUCUUCUAGUCAGCGAGCUCCAGCAUUGUCACUGUCCAGUGUCAAACACAAGCGCCACACUGAGCCCGUGGCCAAGAUUGCCAGGGACUUCCAGGAGAUGAAGGGGUGCCGCUCGUCUGAGGUGGACGAGUUGAGACUGGAAUGA